AUGUCUGCAUGCUCCCGCGCAAGCCCUAAUCUCGCACCGCAGCCUCAAAAGCGUCAUGUCGGCCCCCUCGCGCUGGCUUCCGGUCGCGCUUCUGCUGCUGCUGUGCGCGGCGCUCGCUCCUCUCGCCGCCCACGGUACGCCGCACUCCAGCCGCCGCCCGCUCUCGCCGCGCUCCCCGCCCAGCCUGCUUGCCCUCCGCUCCCCAUGGCAUAUCUCUCCGCGUUCUCUCCGCUUCUGGCUUCGCCCUCGACUUCCUUUCCGCUCAAGUAUACACCCUCACCCCCAAUCCCCCGCCCUUCCCCGCGCCCCCUUCCGCCUUCUCCCAACCCAUCAGCCCAAUGGACGUACCUUCCCCGCAUAUCUCGCGGCGCUUGGCUACCGCGCUCAUUCGGUUCCGCUUCCCGCCGCGUCGUUCCCGCUUACGCUGACGCAGACGCGCAACCGCUGUUCCCGCACGCGCAGUCCAAGCUGACGUCAUCGCUCUCCCUCGCUCCCUGGAUGUUCCCCUUCGCCCGCUCGCGCUCCUUCCUCCGCACCGCCUCUCGCGCGCCUCUCCCGCCAGCGACCGACACGCGGACUGCGCCCACAUUUUCCACGCUCACGCUAGAGCGCGAUCAGCCGCCCAAACCGCCCAAGUCGCCCAAAUCACCGAAACCGCCGAAAUCCCCCAAGCCGCCCAAGUCUCCGCCGCCUCCUUCCCCUCCGCCGAAAUCCCUCAAGCCUCCCAAGUCUCCGCCGCCCCCUUCCCCUCCGCCGAAAUCCCCCAAGCCUCCCAAGUCCCCCAAGCCCCCGUCUCCUCCCAAGCCAGGGAAGUCACCCAAGCCUCCCCCGCCCCCGCCGGCCGUCCCCCUUCCGCCCCCGCCGGAGUGGCCGUCCACGUACGCGGGCGUCGCGCCGCUCGAGGCAGAUCCCGCGGGGACGCCGCUUUUCGACGUGCAGGAGGGAUUCGGAGCGGUGGGGGACAACGCGACCGACUCCUGGGCCGCGUUCGAUAGCGCAUUCCGCGCUGCGUGUGAGAGCGCGGAGGGGAGCGGCGGGCGCGCGAUAGUGCGCGUGGGGGAGGGCGCGUUUUACCUGGCGAAGUCCAUCACCGUGAACGGGUCGUGCGGCGCCGGCCUCACUCUCCAGGUGGACGGCACGAUAUACGGCCCGGUGUCCAAGGACGGCUACCCCACGCCGUCGCUGUACCUCAACGGCACCAUCAUUGGCGUCGCCAGCAACGGGCUGUUUCAGUUCCAGGGCGUGACAGGGCUUGUGCUGCGCGGGGACGGGGCGAUCGACGGCAACGGGCGGAAGUUCUGGGGGUCCAAGGCGCCCACGCGGCCACACAUCAUCGCGCUUAUCGACUGCCACAACACCACCAUCGAUGGGCUGCUGCUGCGCAACCCGCCGAUGUACCACGUGUUUGGGUAUGGCACGGAGGGGCUGUGGAUCCGCGGGGUGACGACCAACAGCCCUGAGACGUCCCCCAACACGGACUCGCUCAAGCUGCUGGGCGUGCGCCACGCCCUCAUCGAGAACUGCACCUUCCACGGGGGCGAUGACGACGUGUCGCUCGUUGCUAGGGGCGCUCAGAGCGUGGUGAAUGUGACGGUUCGGAACCUCAUUGCCACGGCCGGGCACGGUAUCAGCAUCGGAAGCCUGGGAGCGGGUGGGGCAGUGGCGUGUGUGUCCAAUGUGACGUUCAAGGAUGUCAUUAUAGCCAACCUCGACAACGGGCUGCGCAUUAAGACCUGGCAGGGCGGCCUGGGGAUGGUGCGCAACGUGCGAUAUGAGAAUGUGUACAUGACCAACACUGACAACGCCAUCAUUCUCAACCAGUUCUACUGUGACUCACACCAAGACUUCUUCUGUGGCAUUGCGCCUGACAACGUGGCGUUAGUCAACGUCACUUACUCCAACAUCUACGGCACCACCUCACGGUAUGGAAUGAACAUCCGAUGCAGUGCGACGGUGCCAUGUGGCGGCAUCAAUCUCAACAACGUCAACCUCGUCUCCUCCAAGGCAGGAAGCUCCCUGCGCCCUGUGCUGAUGAAUGUGGUCAACAGCCAGGCCACAGGGGUGGUGGCGCCUGUACCAGAAGGCAUGGGCUCGUAUGCGGGUUGGGGUUCCACUCAACCAACCACAGCACAAGCUGCGAGUAUACUAAGGAUGAUGGCACAAUGUGGGGGCUAA